AAUUGAGCAACCGCUGAAAUCGUUUUAUUUUUUUUCUGUGAAUGGCAUGUGUUUUCUUUGACAAGUGUUCAAACUUUAACACCACGUACGUAUACAAUGGACGAUCGGUUAUUGUGUUUCAUUUAUCACCCAUGGGACAAUUACUAUUUUUGCCAACAAGACAGUUUAUACUGACAAAUUGGGGCGGCAAAAAUGGGUAUCGAGCGACAAAGUUCACCGCCAAUGGACCAAGGCAGACAGCAAUGAUGCAAGAUUUUCGAACCUUGAAGAAGAAAUAAUGAUAAAAAUAAGAACAGC